ACCCCGCCGGAAAUGGAGCGCGGCGGCGGCAAAAUUUCCCCAAUCUCUCCGCUCCCCUCCCACCCACUCCACUGUGACCAGCUCUCCUCGCGCCCUCGCCUCCGCGACCAGCAGCUCCCGCUACACGCACCGGCCAGGCGCCCGAGCCCUAGCGGGGCGGCAUGGACUCGGCGAUGCUCUCCAGCACCUGUGCCGGCCUCCGCGCCCCGGAGGAGGAGGACGACGACGGAGGCGCCGUCGGCUACGUCAAGGGCGAGGACUGCCUCGGAUCUGCAGAGGCUGCUGCGGCGGGAGGUCUUCAAGCAGGUCUGCAAGUGGAGGAUCGCGUCCAGGGAUCUGGUGCCCAUCAUCGAGAACUACCAGUCCGACCGCAACCUCGUCAUCACGGCAGGCACAGAAGGAGAAGGCUGCACGGGUUAAGCUGUAAGAAUGACAACAUCGAUAAUCAUCCCCUAUCAUCUGAUGGAGAAACAUCGCAAGCACGCAAGCGCAGAAUCAAAACUAAGGAGCUGCCACCGGUGAAUCUUUCACCAACUAUAUCACAACAUCAAGAGACUCCGCAAGGCAUGGAUUCUGAUGAUGACACUGUUGGAUGUAUGCUUAGGCGCAUAAGGAAAAGGCUGGAUGGGGUAAGCAGGAAGUAUGACAACAACGAUAAUCAUCCAGUAUCAUCGGAUGAAGAAACAUUGCAAGCACGCAAGCGCAGAACCAAAACUAAGGAGCUGUCAUUGGAGAAUCUUUCACCGAUCAUAUCACAGCAUCAAGAGACUUCACAAGGCAUGGAUUCUGACGAUGAGACCAUACGAUCUGUGCUUAGGCGCAUAAGGAAAAGACUGCCUCUGUUAAGCAAUAUGAAUGAUAACGGCGAUAAUCAUCAAAUAUCAUCUGAUGAAGAAACAUUGCAAUUGCCUAAGCGCAGAACCGAAACUAAAGAGCUGCCGUUGAUGGAUCUUUCAUCGAGUUUAUCACAGCAUCAAGAUACUUCGCAAGGCACAAAUUCUGAUGGCGAGACCGUAGGAUCAAUGCUUAGGCGCAUAAGGAAAAGGCUGGAUGGGGUAAGCAGGAAGUAUGACAACAACGAUAAUCAUCCAGUAUCAUCUGAUGAAGAAACAUUGCAAAAACGCAAGCGCAGAACCAAAACUAAGGAGCUGUCAUUGGAGAAUCUUUCACCGAUCAUAUCACAGCAUCAAGAGACUUCACAAGGCACGGAUUCUGACGAUGAGACCAUACGAUCUGUGCUUAGGCGCAUAAGGAAAAGACUGCCUCUGUUAAGCAAUAGGAAUGAUAACGGCGAUAAUCAUCAAAUAUCAUCUGAUGAAGAAACAUUGCAAUUACCUAAGCGCAGAACCGAAACUAAAGAGUUGCCGUUGAUGGAUCUUUCACCGAGUUUAUCACAGCAUCAAGAUACUUCGCAAGGCACAGAGUCUGAUGGCGAGACCGUAGGAUCAAUGCUUAGGCGCAUAAGGAAAAGGCUGGAUGGGGUAAGCAGGAAGUAUGACAACAACGAUAAUCAUCCAGUAUCAUCUGAUGAAGAAACAUUGCAAAAACGAAAGCGCAGAACCAAAACUAGGGAGCUGCCAUUGGAGAGUCUCUCACCGAUCAUAUCACAGCAUCAAGAGACUUCACAAGGCACGGAUUCUGACGAUGAGACCAUAGGACCUGUGCUUAGAACCGAAACUAAAGAGGUGCUGUUGAUGGAUCUUUCACCGAGUAUAUCACAGCAUCAAGAGACUUCGCAAGGCACGGAUUCUGAUGGCGAGACCAUGGGAUCAAUGCUUAGGCGCAUAAGGGAAAGGCUGGAUGGGUUAAGCAGGAAGUAUGACAACAACGAUAAUCAUCCAAUAUCAUCUGAUGAAGAAACAUUGCAAGCACGCAAGUGCAGCAUCAAGAGACUUGUUCCUGGUGUUGAGACUACUGGUUCAGUUAUCAUGGACACUCCUCUCCAUCCGGAGCUAAACAAUAACGGUGUCCGUGCUGGUGAGGCUGAACUUCUAGAUGACUUGAGUGAGCCUGAGCUGGAUGACCGUGAACAUACUGAACAACGGAUCAUCGACGAUAGAGACAUGUCUGAACCUGGGGACAGGUCAGGUGCUUCUUUCAGCCAGAAGGCCAGUUUGAAAAGAAGACACAAAAAUGGUAAUUGAUGACGACGACGACGAUGAGCAGUUUGCCUUGAAAUUUAGUGAGGAUAAAACGUUGGAUCCUGCAGCUGUUUGGAGUAGAUGGUCUGCUACUGCCGUGGUUCUGAGUUGGGAGCACUGGAAUUUUUUAGCAGUAAGCAGAUGCAACCUGUUUGUACAUGAUUUGUUUUAUUUUUGAGGCUGAUUCUGAUGUUAAUUUUGGAUGGAGCCAUCUUGCAAUGCUAGCAAAUUUCUUA